AUGGGGGUGCUGCGGCUGGUUUUGUGGUUAGCGACAGCGACUGCAGCAGCAACAACUGAAUCAUCAUCAGAUGAGAAAUGUGACUGGGACAAAGACUUUCUGCUGAAUUGCACUGCCACUGGAUUACUCCUUGGUGCCAACAUUCCUGUUGUGAGUGUAUCAGUGAAGGAGGCCACACUGGUUGUCACAAUUCAUCCGGCUUAUGACUGCUACAACGAGCUCGGGUUGGCUGAUUACUUCGACCAGGCGAUCGAACUGGUUGAAAACAGCUCAUUCACAUUCUCUGACUCCCGCAACAAAUUCACAGCUUUGGGUUGCGACACCAUGGCCUAUGUGAUGGGUCCUAAGGCGCAGCUCUUUGUGGAUCCCCCUGUGGUGCUUGACUGGGUAAUCAAAGGCAACUGCUCCAGACAUGACUGCGGCCAGAAAUCUAUAUGCAAAGACUCUAACACAACUCGCUCUGGAUAUCUUUGCUCCUGCGAACAAGGCUAUGCAGGGAACCCUUAUCUGCCCAACGGAUGCCAGGAUAUCAAUGAAUGCGAAGAUCCAAAAACUUACACAUGCCAAGGUACUUGCAAGAAUACAGCUGGGAACUACACUUGCAGCUGUCCACUGGGAAUGCAUGGGAAUGGUAAAGUGGCUUGUCAAGGAUUUCGUGUCACCACAUUUGCCGCAGUUAUUGGAGCGGUUGUUGUUGCUGUGGUUGCUUGUAUUUUAAUCUUCAUUGAAUGGAAGAAGCUGGCGAGACAUAAAAAUUUUAAGAAAAAUGGGGGUUUGCUCUUAAAGCGCCAGAGGAUAAAGCUCUUUACUGAGGCAGAAUUGAAGAAAGCAACCAACAAUUACGACCGCAGUCGGCUGCUUGGUCGAGGAGGUUCUGGACAUGUUUACAAAGGUAUUUUAGCGGAUGACGUCCAAGUUGCUGUGAAAAAGCCGGUAGAAGCGGACAAGAUUCAAAUAAACGAGCAGUUCCAACAUGAAAUUGACGUUGUUUCACAGGUCAACCAUGUCAAUGUGGUGAAGCUCUUGGGGCUAUGUCUAGAGACUCCAGUCACAAUGCUGGUUUAUGAAUUUGUGUCUAAUGGAACACUGUUUCAACAUAUCCAUGACCCGAAUUCAGAAAUCGUUCGCUCAUGGAAACUCCGGCUGAGGAUUGCUAUCGAGACUGCGGGAGCACUCAAGUAUCUUCAUUCUUUAGCUGAUCCCCCUGUCAUUCAUAGGGAUGUCAAAUCCACGAACAUACUUCUAGACAACAAACAUGCUGCUAAGGUAGCAGAUUUUGGAACUUCAGUGCUGAUUCCGCUGGAUCAAACUGCCAUAAACACAAAAAUAGCAGGGACAUUGGGGUACUUGGAUCCUGAGUAUAUGCAAACCGGAAACUUAACUGCCAAGAGUGAUGUCUAUAGCUUUGGCGUUGUCGUCAUGGAGCUUUUAACGGGAUGGAAUCCAACUCCUGGUGGAAGGUCUGUGGAUGAUCCAAAUAGGAAUAUCAUUCAUGACUUUCUCUGCGCCGUGGAAACUAAUCGUCUCUCUGACAUUUUGAACAUUAGCAUUAAUGGUGAAGCUGAAAGGAAGCAGAUAGAAGGAGUUGCUGAGCUUGCAAAGAGAUGUCUAAGUGGGAGUGGAGUGGCAAGGCCAACAAUGCAACAAGUGGAAGACGAGCUCAAGGGCAUGCAACGAGAAGCUGAGAAUUUGUUGGCCGGUGAAAGUGAAACCGGGGAAGAGACCCAGAGCUUACUAAGUGAAAUAGAGGGCCGAUCCUCCGAAAAGGAUGAGUCCCAUUCCCAUACCCAUUACGUGACAGCCUUUGAUAUUCAACCACAAGAGGUUUCUGGCGUCAUUAUCUUUCCCUAGCCUGAAAUAAGGGAACCCUACUCUCACUCUCUGCAUCAUGAUCCAUGCAUCAUGCAUGCUAUGGUACCACCUUCUGUAUUCCUGUCAUGGUUUAUCCUGAGUCAUGAUUGUGGCAUAAGUUGUAUUAAACCUUUUGUGGUGUGUUCUUAUUAUAUGUUUAUAUUGUAUGGUAUUGUGUAUGAAAUUAGUAUCUACAAUUAUGUCUUGUGAAGAAUGAAUCCUCCGAGAAUCUCUCCUCAAUUUAUUUGAAA